ACCAGCUAUUCAUCUAUAUUCACAAACAAAACAUUGUCGCCCAUCAUCGCUUUUAGGCAAGGCGCAUAAAUAUAUCAUCCAGAUCCUAGUGUAGUGAUUAGCUGGAUUCUGUGUUAGUGGAUGUUCCUGCUGAAGGACCAGAGCUCUGAGAUGGGGGCAACUCAAUCUCAGACGAAAAUGCUGAAACAAGAUCGACCUGUGAACGCUGCUUUUGGAGGGCAGCCCGGAGCUAAAAACUCGACCUUACGUAUUCUCAGCAACAGCUCGAGGACGUGCGAGAAGGAUGGGAACUUCAACUUCCUGGGUCAAGAUGAAACCGGAGACGAGAACCGCAACCAAACGCGUCCUCGAGCUCUGGGGCUGUCGAGCCGCUAUCCACCACCUUCUGCUAAUCACUAUGUGGCUGGACCCCUCUCUCCGCUGUCUCGCCUUCCCUGCUGGAGCCCCCUGGAACCUCUACCUGAGAUUGACAGUGGAGAAGAUACGGGAGGCAGGGUGCCUCCUGAUGGAGCAGAAGAAGGAAAAAUUGAUGAGGAGAUGAGGAGAAUGAGUGACGAUGAGAAGGAGCGAGAGCCAGAAGACCUUAUGAAAGGUAAAGCGCAGGACCAGGUGGAGGAAGAAGAAGACUUGAUGUUAGACUGGGAUGAGAGCGAUGAAGACUUUGAGAUUAGUUACAGGUCAGAAAGCUCUUCACCUCUCACCAACGAGAGCGGAGAUGUGACUGGGGGAGACUUUGUAUGGGACCGCAUCUGUGUGGGAGGUUCGAACUCAGAAAAUGGUGAUGCAGCCACAAACCUGGAAGGAACACACAACCGCUUAGAGGACGAGAAAGCCGAGAGGCAACGUAAGAGCCUUGGCGGUUCCAGCCUAGCUGAAGAAGCGUCCUCAGAUUCAGAGGGUGAUCCCUGCUCCGAGCUGCCGGAACUCAUGGAGGCGGUGUGGACCCUGGAAGACCGAGAGCGCUUCAAAGCCCAAGAGAUGCAAAAACACCAUGUGCAGUUGACCAUGUACCGUAGGCUCGCCUUGAUCCGCUGGGUGCGCACCCUGCAGGAACGUGUCCAAGAACAGCAGAACCGACUCCAGUCCAGCUUCGAUAUCAUCCUCACUCACAGGAAAGAGCUGCUCCGCAUGGGCUCAGCUACAGCUGCCGUUAGCCAGUAACAGCAAUAGAGAGAGAAAAAGAGAGAGCAAGAGUAAAGGAGAAGAGGGUCCUGGGGCAUCCCAAGCAGAAACAAAUGACUAAGAACAGAGAAGUCUCUUAAACCAAAUAAUAUCCUGCAUCCCUCAACUGUCAGUCCACUGUUGUUCGUGUCUGUGUUUCAGAUUCUAUUUGCGUCUUUACGUGCUAUUAUACAUUGUACUUGAAGAUAAAUCAGUGCAAUGCUUUUGAAUGCCUGGACAAUUGUUUCUUAAUUAAUACGCUCACCCAAACCAGUAGGAAAUCCAGUAGGAAGUCUAUACAUCAUCAAAAUAUAUAUUGUGAAAUAUGUAAAAAAAAAAAAAAAAAAAAAAUCUAUAAGGAAAAGUUCAUAGACAUAUCAUUAGAAUUUAUGAGUUCGUCGGGUUUGCCUUUUGUGUGUGAAUGAAUGAAUGAAUACAUGAAUAAAUAUUUAAGUUUUA